AUGGGGCUUUGUAUACACCCGGCAGCAGAAAGAGCAAAUGCUGCAGCAGCAGCAGCAACGGGAGAAACAGCAGCAACCGCAGCAGCAGAAACUGCAGCAGCAGCAGCAGCAGCAGCAGCAAUUGCAGCAGCAGCAGCAAAUGGAGCAGCAACAGCAAGUAAUGCUGUUGCAUCAGCAGCAACAGCUGAGAUACCUGCAGCAGCAGCAGCAGCAGCAGCAGCAAAACGCAGGUCGGCCACCAACAUCAGCAGCAAUAUCAGCAGCAGCAGCAGCAUCAGCAGCAGCAGCAGCAGCAGUAACGCUGCAACAACAGCUGCAGCAAGAGUAGGAGCUGCAGCAGCAGCAGCAGCAGCAGCAGCUGCUGCUGCUGCAGAAAUUUCAGAGCCGCGCCAGCGGCAAAUAAGAUCAGCAGCAAUAGCAGCAACAGCAGCAGCAACAGCAGCAGCAACAACUGCAGCGACAGCAACAGCUGUAGCAAAAGCACAGGAGCAGCUGCAGCAACAGCAGCAGCAGCUGCAUCAACAGCAGCUGCAUCAACAGCAGCAGCAGCAGCUGCAGCAACAGCAGCAGCAGCUGCUGCAGCAACAGCAGCAGCAGCAGCUGCUGCAGAGACUUUAG